AGUAAACUUCCAAGUGUUCGUCACCAACAGCCUAGCGCUCAAGUUUCAUCUCCGCUGCUGACUGCUCUGUUCCCCCUCUCUCACUUGAUUUUCGUUUUUUAAUUUUCUCUGCAUAAUCGCUCUUCUCGAUCGACCCUUCAGUUUCACACAGAAAAAAGGUGAAUACCCUGUUGUAGGGGGCUUUCUUUUCAAGUUCCUCAGUGGGGUCAGGAGUCAGAUAUGGAAAGGAAAUAUAAAAGUUUUUUGGUGAUCUUGAAUAAGAUGGGAAGUAAUGGUGGAGAGCACAUAAAGAUUUCCGACAGGGAUGCAGCUGAAUGUUCUCAAACCUCUGUUCAGAUCAAGAUCAAGACAUUGGAUUCUCAAACGUUCACCCUACGGGUGGAUAAAUGUGUGCCUGUUCCAGAACUGAAGGAACAGAUUGCGUCUGUAACUGGUGUCCUGUCAGAGCAACAACGCCUUAUAUGCCGUGGAAAAGUUUUGAAGGAUGACCAACUCCUCUCAGCUUACCAUGUGGAGGAUGGGCACACUCUGCAUCUUGUUGUGAGACAACCUAUUUCUACCUCAGAAGAGCAGUCAGAUCAGCCAGCAGCAGAUCCAACAUCAAGUGCAGGGCAGAAUGCAGGCGGUCGCAUAAGCCCUGGUAUGGUGGUUGGAACCUUCAAUAUAUCAGAACAGGGAGAUGGAGCUUUUCCCGAUCUAAAUCGGAUUGUUUCUGCUGUACUUACUUCUUUUGGUGUUACAAGAUAUGGAAAUGGCACUGAAGGGAUUGAUCUAAAUCAACCUCCAUUGGAAAAUCUCUCAACUGCACCUGGACUCAGUGGUACCAGAAAUUCUAGUAUACCACAAUCUGACCAAGCAGCUUCAGUUGCUGUUCCUGUGGAGCCUUUGCAGCCGCCGGUUAUACCCGAUUCACUGACUACUUUGUUACAGUACUUGAGCCACUUGAGACAAGAAUUUUCUGCCUACAGCCAAAGCACAAAUGCUCAAAAUGGGAGUGAUGGGCAAGAGUUUGAGUCUGCUGGGUAUUCUAGUGAGCCAAGAGGGCUUCUGAAUCCUGAGUCAUUGGCAGAGGUGAUGUCAUCUGCCAGACUUCUUCUUCUUGAACAAGCCACUGAGUGCUUGUUGCAACUUUCAAGACAGCUUGAAUCACAUUCAAGUGUAAUGGAUUCAUUUGAGCGGGCAAGAAUUCAAUCUAAUGCUAUAAGAUCAGGAGCUCUUUUUCAGAAUUUGGGUGCUUUGAUGCUAGAGCUUGGUAGGGCCAUGAUGACCCUGCGAAUGGGUCAAUCAUCGGCUGAUGCAUUGGUAAAUGCUGGACCAUCGGUCUUCAUAUCUUCAACCGGGCCCAAUCCUAUCAUGGUUCAGCCUCUGCCUUUCCAACCAGGGGCGAGUUUUGGUUCAGUUCCUGUGGGUACUGCUCAACAUGGCUCUGGUUUAGCUGGAAAUUCUGCUGCUACAGGUUUCCUGCCCAGAAAUAUUGAUAUCAGAAUACGAGCAGGUUCACUAAUUCCUCGAAGAGAGCCUACUACUUCCCCGUCUCAAGGGCAAACUGGUACAUCAUCACCCAAUAGAGCAAGUCCCAGUCAACAACAAGAUUCUGCGCCGGUUGAACCAAGCUCACGCAAUAGGGAACCACAACUGAGAGCUAUUCCCUUAAGAACUGUAGUGGCAGCAGUUCCUUCGUCUGUUGGGCUUACUACAGAUUCCUCUCGUGGUUCAAUAGGGAUCCUAUAUCCAGUUUUGGCUAGAGUUCAGCAUCUAUCUUCAGGAAGCUUAAAUAAUGCAAGAACUUCUCAAACAUCAGAUCUAAAUCAUGAUCAUAGUGGCAAUCCUGAACAACCUGUUCCUGGUUCUUCAGCACAUCAGCAACAUAUUCCAAUCCCUGGAGGAAAUGGGAGCAGCAGUUUACCGUCUGAAGAACUUAAUGACCAAGGAUUCUCUGCCCAUGUCAGAGGACUCGAGCAACUGCUAAGUAGUAUAUUUCCAGGGGGACAGAUCCUUAGUGAAAGUACCGAACUCCCACAUGCAGCUUCUGCUCCAAGUCAUGUUCAAGGUACUCAGGAAUCAGCACCGGCUGUAAGUGAAGAAGGGGUACUUUUAUCGAAUAUUCUACGCCAGAUAAUGCCAUUGCUACCUGAGAACACCAGAGGUGCGGAUAUCAAUACAUCCACUGAAGGAGCAAAUGCAGAUGAAACACAGGCUGAUGACAACAGAGAUGAAGGAUCUUCUCGUCGCAGGAGGGGCUCUCCGUCACAAGCAAGUCCAAAACGACAGAGGAGGGAGUAGCAUCGGAAGUGUUGUGGAAGAAGAUGAGAAGUUUGGGUGGAAGCUAACUCCAUAUGAUAAGAGAGUUGAACAGAGACGUACAUAAUUUCUUUUCGGCCGAAGAUAAAUUUUACUCCAUAUUAUUGGGUGAUCCUCCUCGACUUUGUUAAGUUACACUAUUCUUUAUUCAUGAGGUUAGAGAGAGAGAGGGAGGGAGAAGUGAAGAUGGUUAUGGUUGCAAAUAAUUGUUGUGUGAGUGCGGAUGGCUGUGGCUUUGCUGCCUAGACAUAUACUUCUCUUUUCUAUUCUAUAGUCUUCUCUGGCA